AUGUUCUCACGCCUGAACCUGACGGUGGAGUGCCCCACGGAGUUCGGGCAGACGGUGCACGUGUCGGGGUCUUCGUUUCUAGCGGGAGUGAGCAACCCGUCCCUGUUGGUGGAAAUGGUAACCACGCCGGAGGAGUACCCGCUGUGGCGCACCCCUCAGCCAAUCAUCGUGCAGCGCAACCAGCCGCACAAGUACAUCUACAGCCUUUUCGAAGGCGGCAAGUUUAAGAAGUGGGAAGAGUCGUCCGCCCGGGUGAUCAAGUGCGAUGAGCCCUCAGUGCACCAGAGGGAUGAGUUCGUCGGGCACGAGACGGACAUCUCGGACUACGUCAACCCGGACAGGCAGCAUUCCGGCCUCAACACCAACCCGAAGCCCAGCUCUAGCACAUCGUUGCCGCGAGAAAACGUGGAGCCUCCCCCGGACUCGGUGCUGUACCUGGUGUGCUUCCACCUGCCGCUGACUCUGAAGAAGGACUGGAAAGGAACCUGGCAGGCCGAGUGGAACGAGAGCCUCAUUGCCAAGACAGAGGAUAGCGUGUCGACCCGCAUCCCGACGCACUGGGUGGGCACGGUGGCUAGCAAUGACGGGAAGGAGUUCACCGAGGCAGACGAGAAGGCCAUCACACAGGUUCUGCGGCCCAUGAAUUGCACUCCGAUCUUCGUGCCGCUGUCCAUCAUCCGGGGAAGCUACCUCGGCUACUGCAAGCAGAUCCUGUGGCCGGCAUUCCACAAUGUUGAUGUGCUGGACCUAGCGAGCUGCAGGUGGAACCCCCACAGCACGGACCCCACGCUCACCUGGGACCAGCAGAACACGGUCGAGUGGUGGGAGGCGUUCAAGACCCUCAACACCACGUUUGCCGACCACAUGAUGAGGAUGCUGGGAGAGAGGGGGCACCGCAACAACGUGAUGUGGGUACACGACUACCACCUCAUGCUACUGCCCAAGCUGCUCAGCGACCGGGAGAAGGAUGCUACUCAGCACAGGCAGACCAGCAUCAUCUUCUUCCUGCACAUUCCCUUCCCCACCAGCCAGAUCUUCAGGGCGCUCGCACAUGGGGAAGAGCUGCUGCAGGGCGUACUGUCCGCCGACAUCGUGGGCUUCCACGCCUUCGACCAUGCCAGGCACUUCCUCAAUGCCGGCAAGCGGUUGCUAGGACUGAGCUACCAGAGCAUCAAGGGAGGGCUGAUUGGGGUGGAGUACGACCGCCGCACGGUGAUGGUGGUGAUGAGCCACGUGGGUAUCGAGCCGAAGCUGCUGAAGAGACACAUCGCCCGGAAGGAUACGGAGCAGGCGGUCAAGGUCAUCCAGAAGAAGCACGGCAACAGGGUAAUCAUGGCCGGCGUGGACGUGUGCCAAAAACUGAGCGGAGUGACCCUCAAGCUACUGGCCUUCGAAAGGCUGCUGACGGAAUACCCCAACCACAGGGAUGAGGUGGUGCUGGUGCAGCGGUGUCUUCGACCUUCCAGCCGCGUGGAGGACGAGGAGCACACGUCGGCGGAGAUCAAGCAGCUCGUUGCUCGCAUCCAGCAGCAAUUCGGCGAAGGUGUUAUUGAUUACACCGAGGUCGUCGGGAAUGAUCUCUCGGCGCCAGAGAGGCUGGCGCUGUUUAAGUGCGCAAGAGUCUUGGUUCUCACUGCGGUUCGCGAGGGUCUCAACCUGAUCCCUCUGGAGUACAUCUUCGCGAGGGGCGAGCCCGAAUCGGCGGGCGUGGUGCUAGCCUCCGAGUUCUCGGCUUGCUCUAGCCUCCUCAACGGCGCCAUGCGGAUCAACCCCUUCGAUGUCGCCAAGACAGCCGGGGCGUUCGCACAGGCCCUUACCAUGAGCGAGGCGGAGAGGAGUGGGCGACGAGACCGUGACUUGCCGUACAUCUCAUCCAGGCCAUCUGCUCUCUGGACGUACCAGGCCCUGCUGGACAUGUGGGCCAUGAAAAACGAGGCUAGCGUCACGCACAUCGAGGAGACUGCGAGCUUGGCCAAUGAGCUGACGCACGAGAUGACGAUGACGGACUUCACUCCCCUGGACGUGGACGACAUGAUGGCGGCGUACCGACACUCGAAGAGCAGGGUUAUCCUACUCGACUACGGAGGCUCGCUCCUUGAAAAAGAGGGACUGGGCAAGUACCUGAAGAGGAACAUGUCCAGCGCGUCGGGGCGCAAGCUGCCCCAGCCUACGUACGAUGCUGUGGUGAAGCUCUGCGAGGACAAGGCCAACACCGUGUUCAUCGUCUCCGGCCUUAACGACAAGGGGCUUAUGAACGCUGUCGGGGCGGUGCCCGGGCUGGGUCUGGCGGCCAACAACGGCUUGGCCUUCUCGUGGCCCGUGGAGGUGGCCAGUGAACGCAGCUGGGAGGUGUUCGACUACGGUGUCGACUGGGAUGAAGUGAAAACGGCCGCGUUGCCUCUGCUGCAGAAGUUCACGGCACACACGAACGGGGCGAACAUCAAGAUGCGAGACUCUGGACUGGCCUGGAGCUACUACUCCACGGACCCCGAGUGGGGGCAGACUCAGGCCAAGCAGCUGCACGGGGAGUUGGAGGUGGCGCUGUCGGCGUACGACGUAAAGGUGCAGCACCUUAGGGGUUCGCUCGAGGUGGUGCCGAAGCGCUUGCACAAGGGCGUGGUCGUGAGCACCAUCCUCAGGACACAGAAGGAGAGGCGCGGCUGCAACCCGGACUUCGUGUUCUGCGUGGGGGACGACGCCAGCGACGAGCAGAUGUUCUCGGCGGUGUACUCCUUCUUGGCGCAGGCGGGAGACCAGACGGGGUCGAACGACGAGAUGACACAGGCCGAGAUGGACAACAUCCGCCUCUACACGUGCAUGGUGGGGAAGAAGCCCACCCACGCAAACUUCUACGUCAACGACCCCUCCGAGGUGGCUCAGACGCUGUCGAGAAUGGCGGGCACGGACAAGAAGGACCCCGCUGAUGCUGCCGCCGCUGCCGCCGAGCGACAGCAGGGCCGCGGCGGGGUGGACGGGGUGGGGAGCUCGUCGAAGGGGGGCGCGCGAUUGGAGUCGUUCCUCGCGCGUUCGUUAAUGUAGCCCGGGUGGUGAUUGGGUGUGCAUAGCAGGGGAGAUCCAUGGCCUGAAUGGUGUACGGCAAUGGCGAGGAUGAAGACCAGGUGCUGUGCAGCUGUGCAGGGCGAUGAUAUGGUUGCGAAGGGCACCCGCCACCGGGACUCAACAACUGACUGGCUGACGGGGGUUUCGGUUGCGCUCCCAUGGUGCAGAUGUCGGCCAUUUGUGGGGUUUGAUGUUUUUCGGAACGUUCUUACUCAAGAGAGCUACGGUCCCGCUGGCGGUUUGGUCGCUCAUAUAUGUAAUGGCACGUCACAUGCAUGUAGGAUAUAUGGGCAUUUUGGUUGCGUGUUGGUUUGGACCCCCUUCCAGCAACGUGUAGCCGUCGCACCAUGUGCCCUUCCGUUGGGUUCAUUUCUCCAGGAGGCGUGUUUUGGCCCCUUUUGAUUGUGACACUGGCCAAGGGCCGCAACAAUGCCUUGCUGAAAAGCGUCGACAUUGGGUAGAGGUCCCGCUUUUGUUCGAUCGCCACCACUAUGUGUUGACCACGUGUGCCUGAUGCAUGGUUACUGAGAUACCCACGGAAAUCUUUUGUGAAUUGUUGUAGAAUUUCAGGCAUACUGUAGUCGUAGAUGGGAGAGGUCGGCAGCAUGUGUACUGGUAGGGACGGGCGGGGUGUGGGGAGUCGAGUUUGCCGUUGGACGGAAGAGUGGAAAAGGACGGUAUGGUGUGUGGGUGGGUGCGUCCUGUAGGUUCGAAAAGUCAAGUGCUCUCGCGCAACGCCUUGGUUUGUAAUCUACCCCCUCUGUUGUCGUUCCUUUUUGUUUUUUAUUUUUUGGUGUCCCGUGGUCUCUCCUUUCUUUCGAUCGGGUGCAAAGGUUCGUCCUUAUCACAAACUUCAUUUCGGGCGGGGUGGGCCUUUCAGCUAGGAGAAACAUAACCAGUAGUAGUGGUAGAAGCAGAAGCAGCAGCAGCAGCAGCAGCCGGAAUAUUUUUCGCUUAUCUGACAAGGUGGGAUUCCGCGAGAGAUGGCUCUGUAACCUGCAACUGGCAAGGUAAACACGCGUUCGUGUUCGCCGUUGACUGUUUGGUGUAGUACAUGUCGUAGUUCACGGUAAAGGUUCCAUGUAACUUUGUAACUGGACUUGUUCCUUUCUGUUAAUUCGCUAUCCAAUUGUGUUUGUUGGGUUUGGCUUGGAAAGACCGAAGAUCGCGUUCUAAAAUCGUGGCUUGUUUGCCACCAUUAACUACCGCAGGAGCUCCAGAGUAUGGAUCUCAAUUUUCUGCGAAGCAGGAGACAUUGCAAUCCGUGAUGGUGAUUCGGUAUUGUCAGCGGCGUGUAGGUCAGUCAAAGGGUGAUGAAUUGCUCCCGCCGGCUACCGCGUGUGCAACUCUCGGUACGUUUGCUGGCCCCCGCUUCUUCUAGUGGUCACUGUCAUUGCAGAUGGUUGAUUUGGCCAGAGGGACAUGGACAAGAGCACAAGCUUUUUUUUGUCGCGGUAUACUGCAUGGUAGCGCUGCUAAAUCUCGAUUUGUGAGGCGAUCCACGAAAAAGACGAACAUGCUUUGCUGCGCAUCU